AUGGGGCGGCCUUACGGGGUGAAGGGACGGAAGAAGAAGCGCAAGCUCGAGGAGGCGGCGACCUCUGAUGCUGCCCUGCCCGCUGAAGAGGUGGAGGAGCUGCCACCGCCAGAGGAGGCCGGUGGCGAGAAGAAGGGAAACGAGGAGGAGGAGGAGGCAGCGGCUGGGGAGGAGGGGCAUGCUGCGGUGGACGGGCUCCCAAUCGUACCCAGAAUGGUUGAUGGGAAGCGACGGCCUGGCGCCAUCUUCGUGCUCGAGAGGGCCUGCCUCGAGGUCGGCAAAGUCGGCAAGACUAUGCAAAUCUUGAACUCAGAUGAUCAUGCAAAUUAUUUGAGGAAGCAGAAUCGCAAUCCUGCAGACUAUAGACCUGAUAUAAUUCAUCAGGCUCUACUAGCAAUAUUUGAUAGCCCUCUGACUAAGGCUGGAAGGUUACAGGCUGUUUAUGUGAGGACUGAAAAGGGUGUAUUGUUUGAAAUCAAACCUCAUGUCCGCAUGCCAAGAACGUUUAAACGUUUCUGUGGUUUAAUGUCACAGUUGUUACAAAAACUGAGCAUUACGGCAGUUGGGAAGCGUGAGAAGCUUCUUAAUGUUGUUAAAAAUCCUGUUACCCGCUAUCUACCUGUUGGUGCACGAAAGAUUGGUCUUUCAUUUAGUGCUGAGAAGUCAGUCAACUUGUUUGACUAUGUUGCCAAAUCCAGUGAUGAUGAACCCCUUGUGUUUGUGGUUGGUGCCAUGGCCCAUGGAAAGAUUGACAAGGAAUACACAGAUGAUUACAUACAAAUUUGCAACUACCCUCUCAGUGCCGCCUGCUGUUUAAAUCGGAUAUGCAGUGCCCUGGAGCAAAAGUGGAACAUCCAUGUAGCAUUAUGUGGUGUUUUAAACAUCAACGCCGGUGCUUAUGAUUCAUGGCCCUAA